GGCCGGGGGGCGGCGGCGGCGGCGGCGGGGGCGGCCGGCGGGCGGCCGGGGCCGGGACGAUGACUCUGGAGUCCAUGAUGGCGUGCUGCCUCAGCGAUGAGGUGAAGGAGUCCAAGCGGAUCAACGCCGAGAUCGAGAAGCAGCUGCGGCGGGACAAGCGCGACGCCCGACGCGAGCUGAAGCUGCUGCUGCUCGGCACCGGCGAGAGCGGGAAGAGCACGUUCAUCAAGCAGAUGCGCAUCAUCCACGGGGCGGGCUACUCGGAGGAGGACAAGCGGGGCUUCACCAAGCUCGUGUACCAGAACAUCUUCACGGCCAUGCAGGCCAUGAUCCGCGCCAUGGAGACCCUGAAGAUCCUCUACAAGUUCGAGCAGAACAAGGCCAACGCGCUCUUGAUCCGCGAGGUGGACGUGGAGAAGGUGACGACGUUCGAGAACCGCUAUGUGCACGCCAUCAAGACCCUGUGGGACGACCCUGGCAUCCAGGAGUGCUAUGACCGCAGGCGGGAAUACCAGCUCUCCGACUCCGCCAAGUACUACCUGGCCGACGUGGACCGCAUUGCCACCUCGGGCUACCUGCCCACCCAGCAAGACGUGCUUCGGGUCCGUGUGCCCACCACUGGCAUCAUCGAGUACCCUUUCGACCUGGAGAACAUCAUCUUCAGGAUGGUGGACGUGGGGGGACAGCGGUCUGAGCGGAGGAAGUGGAUCCACUGCUUCGAGAAUGUGACGUCCAUCAUGUUCCUCGUGGCCCUGAGUGAAUACGACCAGGUGCUGGUGGAGUCGGACAAUGAGAACCGCAUGGAGGAGAGUAAAGCCCUGUUUCGGACCAUCAUCACCUACCCCUGGUUCCAGAACUCCUCGGUCAUCCUGUUCCUCAACAAGAAGGACCUGCUGGAGGACAAGAUCCUGCACUCCCACCUGGUCGACUACUUCCCCGAGUUCGACGGGCCACAGCGGGACGCACAGGCCGCCCGGGAGUUCAUCCUGAAGAUGUUUGUGGACCUGAAUCCCGACAGUGACAAGAUCAUUUACUCCCACUUCACCUGUGCCACCGACACGGAGAACAUCCGCUUCGUGUUCGCGGCCGUCAAGGACACCAUCCUGCAGCUCAACCUGAAGGAGUACAACCUGGUCUGAGCCGCCGUGGGGGCCGCCGGCUCCGCUCGCGGAAGAGUUGAUUUUGUUUGCGUAUUUUUAACAAAGGGUUUUUAUUUCACAGUUAUCAGGGGACCUACGUCUUUCUUUCUAUACACCUCGUGCACCUUCUCACCUGUGUCAGCGGCGAGGCCGCCUUUUCCUGGCCUUGACUCGUGGCUCGCUUUUUUCUAUUAAAAAAAAAAAAA